UGGUUGAGAACUAGCCUAUGUAUGCAAUGCAUGAAAACAAACGUGUUCUGCCAUUCAUUGUUUCUCCGUGUUGAGAGAAUGGAUCGCUUAACUGUGGCUGUGACAAUCCAAAUAAAUCAGUCUGUGCUGGCCUAGAUUCUCUAUCGACCCAAAUAAAUAGAUUGGGCUGAAAUUAAUUGGCAGGUCGAUGCAUUGGAAGCUUUUCUCACUGUCUCCCUCUUGGCACGCUGUCAGUCACAGUCCCGCAGUGCACGCGCUGUAUCUCUUUCUGUAUACAGGAAACUGCUCCAUGCGAUCGUCGGUCAAUUUGAAAGCGCGCGCGUGCUUGUGUAAAUGCUCAGGACAGUCCUGUGUUAUCGCUCCGGUGCUCCUGACGUAAGCGACUGGACUGUCAUUAAAAACAUUCUGCCGGUCGCUGUACGUUGCGCUGCACCAGAUGAAUAAAAUUCCCGGAAUGCAUACGCUAGCCACCUGCCUGUUAGUCGCUGCUGUUUCAUACUGGUACAGCACCGAGGUUCUGACAGCGCUCCGUCUGUUUAUUUCAGACUCAGCCCUCGGCGGGGACAUGCCGGAACCCGAGGGGAAUCGUCGGUCACCGCAAGGUGUCCCAUACACCGACCUGCCGCACAUCGUCAACGCCGAUGGACUGCACUUGUUCUGCCGUUACUGGGAGCCCGACAGUCCUCCGAAGGCUCUGGUGUUUGUUGCCCAUGGAGCAGGAGAGCAUUGUGGGGGAUAUGCUGACAUUGCUCACAGCCUGACCCAGCAUGGCAUUCUGGUGUUCGCCCACGAUCACGUUGGUCAUGGCCAGAGUGAAGGUGAGAGAAUGGAUAUCAAAAACUUCCAGAUUUACAUCAGGGACGUCCUCCAGCACAUUGACAUCAUGAAGGCCCGGUACCCCAAGCUGCCAGUCUUCAUCAUUGGACACUCAAUGGGAGGGGCCAUUUCCAUUCUGACCACCUGUGAGAGGCCGCAGGAUUUUGCAGGUGUGGUUCUCAUAGGCCCCAUGGUUCAAAUGAACGCUGAAUCUGCUACACCCUUCAAGGUUUUCAUGGCAAAAAUUCUAAACCGCUUGACUCCCAAACUCUCUCUUGGUUCGAUCGAGUCAAAAUGGGUCUCACGGGAUCCCAAACAGGUGGAGGCAUAUGAUACAGAUGAGUUAAAUUAUCACGGAGGGCUGCGCAUCUCAUUCGGAAUGCAGCUGAUGGAAGCAGCGGCUCGUAUCGAGAGAGAAUUACCCAACAUCACAUGGCCCUUCUUCAUUCUCCAUGGUGACGCCGACAAGCUUUGUGACAUCAGAGGUGCUCAUCUAAUGCAUAAUGAGGCCAAGAGCACUGAUAAAAAACUGAAGGUAUAUGAAGAAGCCUACCAUGCCCUGCAUCAUGACUUACCUGAAACAAUUGAGUCUGUCUUAAAGGAGGUGAGCACCUGGAUCCUGGAGAGACUCCCCGCCCCUCAUGGGUCUUAGCUGUCAAUCAUCGCAUGCACACUUGACUAAGCCCCACCCCUUGACUGAAUCUUUCAUCUCUACUGAAAAAGAGAUGUCUGAUUGCACUACAUGCCAACAAAACUACCCUCACUUUAAUCUACCUAGGUGAUAACAUA